AUGUCUAAAAAUGACACAACACAUACUGUAAUUUGGAAUGAAUCUACUAUGGAGAAAUCCAUCUCGACGCUGGGAUUGGACGACCACGGCGAAUCCACUAACACUUGUGAGAAUAAGAUAGCAUGCCCCUGUCACCGCUACACUGCGAUGGCGAAAGUUGAAGAGGCUUUGCUAUCCAGCGACCAAGUCAAGAUGAUGAUCCAGUGGUUGGAUGGAGAAACAGAUGCAGAAGCUUUGCGAGCUCAGAAGAUUCUGUCUUGUGGGAAGAGAUUCAGAUGUAGAUAUCGAUAUGGUACAUCUUUUGCUAUUUUGAACUGUAUAAGGGAUGUGUGUCAGAAGUUCCUCGAACCGCAACAUGGAGAAGCCACGACGCAACUGAACAAUGAUCAAUCAUUGCCUCGACCAGAGUUCACGACAGCAUCAUCAUCAUUCGAAACUACAUUCCCAAAGUUAGGAGGCAGCGACAAAGGAAAUAGUAAUACAAAAUUCAAGCCACAUCUAGCAGCUUCCAAUAUCCUCAUACCAAGAAAGAAAUCAAAGAUGAAGAAAGUGGAAGCAUCAUCUCUCCAGAAGACAAACACCAAUACUGUGACUACCUUAGUCGGCAAAACGAAGAAAAAAAGGAUACGGCCUCAGCUAACCCAAGCAACAACGGUCCCAAAUAACUCUGUUUGGGGACAGCAAUCGUCCAAUCUAGGAAAUAGAGAUGGGAAUAUUUCAAAACUAACAGGGAAGAAUCAAAUGAUGUCGCUGGAAAGUCGAAUGAGUGGAGCCAAAGACCAACAGGUAACAACAAAAGUAUCAAACGCCUGGGGUGAAUCCAAAGUAGCUGUAGUGGUGGACUUGACUGAGAAGUCUCGACCUGUUGCGCAACCUAUAGUAUCAGCCAAGCCAAAUGUGGAUCAACUACCGAAUGCAGUACAACCAAAGCCUGUCAUAGAAUCGCCAGAGUGUCACGUAUCUCGACUGGUCCAAAUCUACAUUGCCUUGAUUAAGAAUAUGCUCAUACCAUCGACCGCUAUGGAACUGCACCUGCUCAUUCGGUUGUUGGCAGUUGACGGUGAGAAUUGCAAUCCUGUAGUAAUGACCGAAACGUUGGUGGAUCCAGAGGGGGUCUUUUUCCGGUCCAUCUUCUCCAGCCCAGAAAGAUGCAACACAUUUGCUGCAAAGGCGUUAUCUGAGCUGGGGGAUAUCAUUGAGAACCUAAGUAUACCUCUCCUACAGUCACUUAUUCAGUGCGUUCCACUCCGGAACAAGUGCUCUUCUUUGGUGGACCGCCUCUCCGCUAUCGUACAUGAACGUAUUGGGUGUGGGCUUGGAGUAGCGGAAGAUGUUGUUGGAACGCAUGCAAUCUUGAGUCUACCAUUUGAGGCAGGGAGGGAUUCACGGCACAACUAUAAGACUCAAGCAGAAAUGUCAAUCUACAAGAACCGCGAAGACACCAGGGACUUUUUCCUUCAUCAGUUGAGGGUAUACAUGAGUGAGAAGGGCAAAGGAUUUCAAUCACAAAAUAUGGAAAAUGCAAAAGAGAAUCUACGGAGAGAAUCGAGAAAGAUUAUUGGAAAUGUUCUUAGUGUGAACAUGCCUUGGUUUGCUGAAUUUCUGUGUGAGCUGUUGUUGCAAGUUGGCCUGUCUCCAGUUCAAGAAACUGACGAAGAGGUGUUGAACAUUGCUGAUAAAGACAAGUUACAGAAACUACACAAACGGUUCUCUAGUCGAACUUCCCAUACGAACAAGAGUAGCAAGAAACUAGUUCUUGCCAAGCGAAAAGAAUCAACAGCAGGCUCUCCCUGGAUGGAAGCACAAAUUAGCUUUCCGGGAUAUCAAGAGUUCUUCUUCAUUUUUCUCUUGUCAGCCGAUAGCUACAACUUGGGAGUGCACUUUCGAAAUCACCUGGUCGCCACGAUUCUAAGGUUAUCGGCAGAUCAUGAAGUGAAUCACUUGGAGAAACGGAUACUAGACCUACAAAUACUGGCACGCUUCCUUGGUUUCUUGAUUUUUUCCCCGAACUGGCACGAUGGCGGGUUGGAGUUGACAAAAAUGUACCCUGACGAUAGAACAAUGAGAAUUUCGGGCGGAAUGCAACAACUAGACUGCCUUGGAUUAUCGUGCAUAACCAUCAUUGAGGAAUCUUGGCUCCAGGGUUAUUCAAUUUUGACGGUGCCGUGGACAAUUGAGCUUUUAAGAAUGGCAAAGUGGGACUCGUUAUCGCUUACCUCGAGAGAAUUUCGUCAAGUCCUGGCUAAUUUCCGCGCACUUCAGAGUCGUUUGUGCGCUGGCGGUAACGAGACGACGCCACGAUUUGGCCCCAGUAUGCAACUUGUUUUAUUUUCAUUGGAAUCCUUUUUCCACUCGAUCACCGGACUACCGAAGCUGACAUCAUUGCCUGUGGACAACCUUCCUGAAGCGGAAGAUUUGCCAGAAAAAUGCCUAGACGUGAUUGCUGUUGGACUCAGUAUGGGGUCAACGAUUGCAUCGAUCCAGCACAUUGAGGAUCUUUCGAAUCUCCUAGAUUCUUUGAAUAGUUCGCCGAUUGGUAGAUCUCCCAUCAAGACACGGAAGCUUAGACCAUCAAUUGUCAGCCACGGGCUAAGUGUUGCAACUGAUAAAGUGAUGGAUGAAUCGCCGCUGAAGAAUGCCUCUGGAAACGCUUGGCAGCCCUCCACCCGGGCCUCGUGGAAUGAGCUGGGGAAAAGGGGCGAAGGAGACAUUGUGAGAAGGCUUCAAGACGCUUUCUUUCAUCAUAACCAUGGCUUGAAGGAAAUAUGCGAAUUUGCCAUUUGUCAAGUCAUGAAGAAAACUAUCAAUCAGCAAGUCCUACAUUCCUAUUGUAAAGAUGCAUUUGAUCAACGAUCGAUUCAUCUGUCCAGCUCGGAAACGGACAUCGAACAAGCUCGGGCGUAUGCCUUGGAGUUGUCAAAUACUUGCCUGAAACAAGAUCUAGAGCAUUCUGUGGAGACAACUUUGAAGGCUCUUGGACCUUCGAACCUUCAUGACAAGGUACUGGAAGUGGCGACAUCAUUAUCUGUGACAAAUGGAAUGCAAACUGGGCAACCGUUGCUUCAUGCGCUGGUUUUGAACGAAGCAGACGGAUAUAUGAAUGCUCUAAAGCGAGAAGAAAAGAAGCAGCUCCCUCGAAAGGUGCUCACCUUUAAUGACGACGAGCCAAGCCUUGAUGAUGUUAUAUUUUCAUUGGGAGCUUUAUAUGACUAUCUGGACAACAAUGAGACGAGCAAAUGGGGUGUUCACGACAUUGUCCAGAGGAUUGAAUCGGCCAUAGAUGGACUGGCUAAAUUAGAAGCGUCAAUGGGAAGUGCUAUUCCAGAAGAAUCAGGUCUCCGAAAGCUAUACGAGGUACUCUUCAACCUUGAUGCAAUGUCAGCUGAUUUCCUUGAUUGGUGCGUGGCACUUGACGCUGUCGACCAAUCUGUUGUUCUUCCAAAGUAUUUUCAACUCGCUGUGCACUUUUCCAAACACACAAGCUUUGGGCUUAGGCAGUUAUCAGCGCGUAUGGAUGACAAGAUCUUAAAGUGUUUAUUGUUGUCAUGGCCAGAGAACUCAGUUGCAACUACGGAAUUGGCUUCAUUGCUAUCAGAUAUGGAAGAUGCAACAAUAGUCCAAUUGGAGUUGUUGCAAACCGUUUUGAAAGAAGGCACAAGCUCAAGGGCUAUGGAUAUUCUUGGCAUCAUCGAGCGAGAUGAUUAG